GGGUUACUGCAGGCGAUCCGGGCGGAGCGCUUUUACGCACUGGAUGGUUGCCCCGACGCGUUGAGGCUGGAGGUGAUAUAAGAAAACUACGCAGAGAGACGAGCAUAGACACGCAAGGUUAAGACGUCUCCAGUGUUUGGUUUGUGCAAACUAAUCAGCAUGCGGUACCGAGGGGCAGUUCUGGCGGCUGGUUUCGCCGGGCUGUUGAGCUUCACCGUGCUCGCCGUGGCCAUCGGGACAGACUACUGGUACAUCAUCGACGUGCACAUCCCCAACUACUCCGGCACGGAUGACCUCAGCUCCCACUCCGGGCUAUGGACGACGCAUGAAGGGCAGAACAGCAGCUCGCUGAUGCCUUCCUUCAACGACGACACCUCCAGUCUGUCGGAGGUGGAGAAGCACCUCUCCAGGCUGCACAAGGUGGUGGUGGUUCUGCUGCCCCUCAGCCUGGUGCUGCUGGUGGGGGGGUGGAUCCUGGGGCUGGUCAGCGCCCUGGCCCGCAGCAGCCGGCUGCUCGCCGCCGCCGCCGCCUACUUCCUCCUCUGCAGCCUGUUCACCCUGGCCGGUCUCUGCGUCUACGUCAGCUACUCCCAGUGCGCCAUGGAGGAGUUCCAGCGGCUUGUGAGCCCAGAGGACCUGGCCAACGUGGGGGUGUCCUACGGCUGGUCCUGUGCCCUGGCCUGGCUCUCCCUGGGCCUGGAGCUGAGCUGUGGCCUGCUGCUGCUGCUGGCCGCCCGGCUGGUCCGCCGCAAGCAACGCGAAUCAGGCGUGGCCAUCGCAAUGACCUGA